AUGGGCGUCACGGCUGCUAUUGUGUUUACCUGUCUGGGUGCUAGUUACGGCACUGCCAAGUCGGGUGUGGGUAUUUCGGCCAUGGGUGUGUUGCGUCCCGAUCUAUUGAUCCGUUGUAUUAUUCCUGUCGUUAUGGCUGGUAUCAUUGCUAUUUAUGGUCUUGUCGUCAGUGUGCUUAUUUCUGGAGAUCUCAAGUCGCCCAUGACCCUGUACGCAGGCUUUAUUCAGCUCGGUGCCGGCUUGUCGGUUGGUCUGGCAGGUCUGGCUGCUGGAUUUGCAAUUGGUAUUGUGGGUGAUGCAGGUGUCCGUGGUACCGCACAACAACCGCGCUUGUACAUUGGUAUGAUUUUGAUCUUGAUUUUUGCCGAAGUACUGGGUCUUUACGGCUUAAUUGUCGCGCUGAUUCUCAAUACAAGGAGCCAGGAUGCAGGAAGCUGCAUGCUCUAA